AUGUCCUCGAACUGGGAGAAGGCGUUCUCAGCCACGCCACCAGGAUGUGAGGGCGCCGCCUGGAAGCGCAUCGUCAUCCACCUCGAGGCGCUCCCCGAUGAGGGGGCUGCCAAGCUCGAGUUCACGGUGGGAAAAUACCUGGAGACGGACGGGGUAAACAGAGUCCGCUUGUCUGGCUCUGUGGAGGAGAAGACUUUGCAAGGGUGGGGCUACCACUACUAUGUCGCGACGUCUGACGGCGCGGCGGCAUCGACGCGCAUGGCUCCGCUCGGCGACUCACCGCCGAGUCUCCAGUUCGUUGGCAUGCAGCCGCUGCUCGUGCGCUACAACAGCCGCCUACCCUGCGUGGUGUACGUGCCCGAGGGAUUCGCCGUCCGGUACCGCUUAUGGAAGGCUGAGCCCGAUUCUCAUGAGGCCCAGGAGGGAUGA